ACAACAGCCAAAUGUCAGAGAAAAAGAGAGGGAAGGGAAAGACUGGAUACACACAUGCAAACAGAGCAGAGGCUGAUUGGGAGGGGAUGAGAUGGAGGGGCAGCCAAUGCGCAGCUCUGCAUCUUGAGGAAGAGAGAGGGAGGAGAGAGAGAAAGUGGGAGGGAAGCUGAGGCAGUCACUCUGAGAGGAAAGGCUCUCAAUGUGAUGGUGCUGGAUGUGAACUGCUCUUCUCUGACCGGUGUCUACCUCAUCCGUCUCAAUGAGCCGGGAUGUGUAAAAAAGAUAGUAGUGCUUAACUUAUUCUGAGGGAUUUGCUGCCGUUUAACCUGGGCAGAGGCUGACUGGCUUGUUACCGUCCCCAAGCUGUUUGCAGCAGAGGUGGAGGGGAGGUGGGUUGACUGGAUCUGAGGUCUAGGCUAGGGCAGGGCAGGGCUGGCUGUCAGGCUGUUUGUGCCGGGCCCCACAGGAAGAAAAAAUGACUGUUCCCAUGCUCAAGAUCGGCGCGGUGCUCAGCACGAUGGCCAUGGUGACCAACUGGAUGUCUCAGACUCUGCCUUCUCUUGUGGGACUCAAUGGGACAACCGUCUCCAGAGGGGGCACUUCAGAAAGGAUUGUUAGUGCUCUUUACCCCAGCCCAGAGGAAGGCUGGCAGAUCUACAGCUCAGCACAGGACGCAGAUGGGAAGUGUAUCUGCACCGUGGUCGCACCAGCCCAGAACAUGUGUAACCGCGACCCACGCAGCAGGCAGCUCCGCCAGCUCAUGGAGAAGGUUCAGAAUAUUAGCCAGUCAAUGGAGGUGCUAGAUCUGAGAACCUUCCGAGAUCUCCAGUAUGUAAAGAACACUGAGGGUCUAAUGAAAGUCGUCGAUGGAAAGCUGAAGGAGGCCUCUGAAAAUCGCGGGAGCCGCAAUCUGAGGGGCUUUCAGGAGGUAAAAGAAAAGGUAAACCAGCUGCUCCCUCUGCUGCCAGUGUUGGAACAAUACAAGGCAGACGCUAAGAUGAUCCUGCGUCUCCGAGAGGAGGUGAGAAACCUUUCCUUGGUGCUGAUGGCCAUCCAGGAGGAGAUGGGAGCCUACGACUAUGAGGAGCUGAGACAGAGAGUCCUGCUGCUGGAGACCAGACUACACUCUUGCAUGCAGAAACUAGGUUGUGGAAAGCUCACCGGUGUCAGCAAUCCGAUCACGGUGCGAGCAUCUGGAUCAAGAUUCGGCUCCUGGAUGACAGACACCAUGAUACCCAGCUCAGACAACAGAGUGUGGUCCAUGGAUGGAUACUUCAAGGGACGGCGUGUCCUAGAAUACCGCACAAUGAGUGAUUUCAUGAAGGGGCAAAACUUUGUUCAGCACCUGCUGCCGCAUCCUUGGGCCGGCACUGGCCACGUGGUCUAUAACGGCUCGCUGUACUACAACAAAUACCAGAGCAACAUCAUCAUCAAAUACCACUUCCGGUCUCGAAGCGUGCUGGUGCAGCGCAGCCUCAGCGGAGCUGGCUAUAACAACACCUUCCCAUACUCCUGGGGUGGCUCCUCUGAUAUUGACCUCAUGGCAGACGAGAAUGGUCUCUGGGCUGUUUACACCACCAUAAACAAUGCUGGGAACAUUGUCAUCAGCCGCCUGGAGCCCCAGAGUCUGGAGAUUCUUCAAACCUGGGACACAGGCUUCCCAAAGCGCAGUGCCGGAGAGUCUUUUAUGAUCUGUGGCACACUCUACGUCACAAACUCUCACCUUGCUGGUGCCAAGAUCUACUUUGCCUACUAUACCAACACAUCAAGUUAUGAGUACACAGAUAUCCCCUUCCACAAUCAGUACUCCCACAUCUCCAUGAUGGACUAUAACCCUAGAGAGAGGGUUCUGUACACCUGGAACAAUGGACACCAGGUCCUCUAUAACGUCACACUUUUCCAGGUCAUUAAGACUUCUGGAGACUGAGGGCUCCAAGAAAAGACCCACUCAAAAAAUGCUGUGAUCAUUGUUCUAAAAGGACAAAGGAGCAGGGUAGAGAUGGGUACUGGCUGAAGAAGGGGGACUGGGGCUUGAGGUUUUAAUCUGUGGGUACAGGCUUGGGUGUUUUUUUAAAGAAUUUCAAUCUUCAUAGAGUGCUAUUAUUCACAUUCUCCAAAAAAAUGUCCAACAAAAGGUUCAUAAAGACCUAAAAAUUGAGCGCCUUUCUGUUUUUCUUUAUGUGAUGAGUAAGCAUGGUUCUUUUUAUCUGUGAUGACAAAUAAACAUCCACUUUAACAUUAA